AUGAAGGACGGCAAGAUGCUCUGCAUCCCCAUGGACCAUGGGAUCUCAAACGGGCCCAUUCCGGGACUGGAGGAUCCGCACUCGAUAAUCUACCGGUGCCAGGAUCACGGCCUCUCCAGCGUUAUAGUCAACAAGGGAAUCAUCAGAACCAUGCCCGAGCCUGCCAGGAUCGGAGUCCUGGUGCAUUUUUCCAGCAGCACAUCCCUAUCCACAUCGCCCAACAGGAAGAUGCUCACAGGCACCGUGGAGGAGGCGCUGAGACUGGGGGCAGAUGGGGUGUCACUGCACAUCAACAUAGGCGGAAAGGAGGAGCCUGAGAUGCUAGAGCAGCUGGGCCGUACGGCAGGUCAGUGCCACCUGUGGAACAUGCCACUUCUGGCAAUGAUGUAUCCCAGAGGCGAGAACGUAAAGGAUCCCCACGAUCCAGAGAUCGUGGCGCAUGCGGCAAGGAUUGGCGCCGAGUGCGGCGCAGACAUUGUAAAGACGGUGUACACCGGGGAUGUGGACUCGUUCUCUAAAAUAGUAAAGAGCACACCGGUUCCGGUGGUGAUUGCCGGAGGGCCGACGGCCGAGACCGACAUGGAGAUACUACAGAUGACAGAGGAUGCCAUGAGUGCGGGGGCAAAGGGGGUCACCUACGGCAGAAACAUCUUCGCCCACAAGAAUCCGCCUGGAAUGGAGCUCAUCAUCGAGCCGGACGUACCUGACGAUCGGCUGCCGGAGUUUCUGGCGCAGCUGACAGCAGAGGGAAUAGGAACCGUGUACCUUGAUCCGGCAAAGCUGGGGGGGCUGAAGUUUGAGACUGUGUACCCGUCUCCUGCCGCAGACUAUACCGUGGGCACUGAGAACGCGGCAGAGGACAAGAAGCGCGGCAUGAUGUUCGAAGUGCUCUCAAACCAGGACAUAGACGACGUACUUGUAUCUGCAGAGAAGGGACUGGACUUUGUCAUAGUGGCAGUGAAGGACUGGAAGAUAAUCCCACUGGAGAACAUCAUAGCCAAGCUUCACAAGAUCGACACCAGGAUAUUUGCCCUUGCCCACAGCGCCCGGGAGGCAAGAAAGAUGUUCUCCAUACUCGAGGUUGGCGUGGACGGCGUGAUCUUCAUAACCUCGUCCAUCAACGAGGUAAGGGAGGCCCAAGUGGAUCUCGGAGCCAGAUCUUUCCAGCUCCGGCCGGCAAAGAUAGUCAAGAUACAGGAGGUUGGUGACGGGGAGCGCGUAUGCGUGGACACGGCAUCCAUACUGCGCCUGGGCGAGGGCAUGCUGGUGGGAAACCGCUCCAACUUUCUCUUUCUGGUGCACAACGAGUCUGUGGGCUCAUCCUUUACCUCUCCCAGGCCGUUUCGCGUAAACGCCGGAGCGGUUCACUGUUAUACCCUGUCGCCGGACGGAACCACCAGCUACCUCUCGGAGAUAGAGAUGGGAUCCGAGGUUCUGGUUCUUGACUCCAGCGGGCGAGCCCGGAGGGCCGCCGUGGGGCGCUCCAAGAUCGAGAGGCGCCCGAUGCUGAUGAUCAAGGCCACAGUGGAUGGCGAGGUCGGCGGGAUAAUAUCCCAAGAUGCGGAGACCAUCCGGUUUGUCAGGCCCGACGGGGAGCUGGUCUCGGUGACCCACUUGAAGAAGGGGGAUACCGUGCUGGUCCACUCAAAGGCAGCUGCCGGAAGGCACUUCGGGAUGGAGGUAGCCGAUGAGUACAUCCUGGAAAAGUAG